AUGAACUUUAUAAUAACCUCUCAUAGGCAAUUCUCAAAGUUCACUGUAUUAAAUUCUAAUUCGACACAUGUUCACACCAAUGUUACGAAUUUAAGCUACAAAAAGGAUGAUCCGUAUGACGCAAAGGUUUCGAAGGUGGUUCACCACCUUGAAGAGACAAAUGGCAAGCCAAACUUGUCGGAUGAACCCCCUUUAAAAGGAAGGAUCCUUGGGGAUGCAAAACUUUGUUCGUUUAAUGAGAGGGUGAAAAUAAAGCACAGUAAAGAUUCAUUAAAUUAUAAUAUUCUUACCGAACAUUUAUACAAGUUUAGAGACGACCCUUUAAAGGUUUACGAGAUCUACACAAACGUUUUAAAAAGUGGGCUAUUGAAUUACAUCAAGAGUCAUCAUUUGACAUUGUUUCUUCAUAUCAUUUGUCAUUGUACGAACGAGAAGAGAUUUGAAUGGCUCAUUCGGAUUAUGAGAGAUGUUCAUUCUUUUAAUUUAAAGAAUCGGAUACCAUAUAAUGUAUAUAAGAGGAUAUUACAUAAAAUGGUGGAACUGAGUGAUCAUAAUGAUUCGUUGUCGGAGAUUCUUGAUGCGAUAGCCGAGAAGAACGCUUUUUAUGGGAGGAUUGAUGCAUACCGUAUUUUAGUGAAUAUAUACUGCGAACGAGGGGAUGUGAAAAAAGCCUUGUACAUUCUCAGGCAAAUAAUUUUAUUCGGUCAAGUACCUAGAAAGGGGUUGUAUAGCGCAUUGAUUCACGAAUUAUGCAAGCAAGGGAAAUUGGAAACAGCGGAAGAGUUAUUGGAAGAAUUUGAAGAAUAUUUGGAUACCCCAGACAUCUUUUUAUUCACGUCUUUAAUUUCUGGGUAUGGUAAAAAGGGUGAGAUCAACAAGGUCAAAAAAAUCUUUGAGAGGUUACUUGGGCUUGGUAUCCAACCGGACAAGGAACUGUACACAACCGUGAUCUUUUCAUUCCUUUUGAAUGGGGAUGUCCAUAGUGCCUACGAAUUUUACGAAAAAAUCCUUGAACAAGAUAUAGAUCAUGAUAGUUAUUUAUAUGCUUCUCUAAUCUACAUGAGAGCGAUUAACUCCGACUCCGCGAACGCAAGGAAAAUCUUUGAAAAAAUGAGGGCAUCAGGAAUAACGCCAACCACGGAGGUUUAUAAUCAUCUCAUGUAUGCCUAUAGUCGAGACAAUUCGAUUGACACCUCACAGAUUGAGGAUUUAUAUCUGCAGAUGCUGGGUGAUAGGGUGAAACCAAAUCAUUAUACGUACGAAAUCUUAAUUGAUGACAUGUGCAAAAGGCACGAUUUUUCAAAGGCAUCUAAAUUUCUCGGCGAGAUGCAAAAGAAUACUCCAAUAACCAAAUUCGUCUUGAAUUCUAUAAUCCGUCAUAAAACUUUAUCAGAAAAUAUCGAUCAUGCGAUACGAUUGUACAAGCAAAUGAUCUCUGUUGGCGUAGAACCAGAUUUAUACAUUUAUACUUCAAUCAUUUCCCUUGCAACGGUUUCUUCAAAGCAUUCAAUGGCUAUCAAGGUCUUUAAAGAACUUUUGGAAAAGGGUCACAAACCCAAUUUGUAUGUUUAUUCGGCUUUGAUUACGUCUUUGGUAAAAGCAAAGAAGCCUCAAAUGGCAAUAAGAAUUUUUCAACAGAUGGUCAGGGAUAACGUGUCACUUAACCAUGUACCAUUUACCGCGUUGAUUCAAAGUUUCGUUAUGACGAAAAGAUUAGAAGAUGGCAAAAGAUUAUAUGAAAUGAUGAAAAAGUUGAAUCUGAAGAUAGAUCGACUCGUAUAUUACCAUUUUGAAAAACUUAUUAAACGAGCUAAACACGAAGAGGAACUUAAACAUUUGUAUGAGGACAUAAAAAGUCGUGGGUUAGAUCCAAAAAGUCGUGAUAGGAUAUAUACAAAGGGCAAAGGACCAAGCCAUUGGAAAUUAAAAUUUUUGAUCCGGAGAAGAAUUUUGCGACAAGAUUUAUACAAAUCCUUAAAAAUCAAAAUGGACAAAUAA